GUGCCAGGAGAGCUUUGAAUAACAGAGAGAGGGGGGAGAAAUAAAAGGAAUAAGCACCACAAGCCCUCAGUUUUCCAGCAGCAAGGCGAAGACACAGGAAUAACCAUGCCUGAGCCAGUCCCUGCAGCUAAACCGGAGGGGCAGGAUGGUCUCCCUGCAGAUGGAGAGCCCGGGUCAACGGAGCUCACUGGACUCUUCGUUGAGAAGCCCCCAGAGGAAGUAGUUGCUGUUACAGGGACGGAUAUCACUUUCAUAGCCAAGGUUGACUCCACCACCCUGACAAGGAAACCCACCAUGAAGUGGCUGAAAGGCAAGUGGAUGGACCUUGGCAGCAAGGCUGGAAAACACAUGCAGUUCAAGGAAACUUAUGACAGGAAUACUAAGAUCUAUACUUAUGAAAUGAAGAUCAUCAAAGUCGUUGCUGGAGAUGCUGGGGGCUACAGGUGCGAAGUGACGGCAAAAGACAAGUGUGACAGCUCCACUUUUGAGAUCACUGUUGAGGCUGCACAGCAGGAGCAGAAGGAAGAUAUUUUGUCUGCCUUCAAGAGAGCGGAUGCUGGAGAGGACGAGGGAGAUCUGGAUUUUAGUGCUCUGCUGAAAGCUGCUAAGAAAAAGAAACCUGUAAAAGAGGAACCAGAAGUCGACGUGUGGGAAUUGCUUAAGAAUGCCCAUCCAAGCGAGUAUGAGAAAAUCGCCUUUGAGUAUGGCAUCACUGACCUGAGGGGCAUGCUGAAACGACUGAAGAAGAUGAAGGUCGAGCCCAAGCAUAGCGAGGCUUUCCUGAAGAAGCUUGAGUCUUGCUACUCUGUGGAAAAGGGCAAGAAGAUUGUCCUGAGAUGUGAAGUGGUUGACCCUGAUGUCCAGGUCAAAUGGUUGAAGAACGGCCAGGAAAUCAAACCCUCAGCCAAGUACAUCAUGGAAGCCACCGGGAAUAUCAGAACCCUCACCAUCAAUAAGGCGACCCUGGCUGACGAUGCUGCCUAUGAGUGUGUGGUUGGAGAGGACAAGUGUUUCACAGAGGUGUUUGUCAAAGAGCCCCCGGUGACCAUCACCAAGCUGAUGGAUGACUAUCAUGUGGUCGUUGGAGAAAGAGUGGAGUUUGAGAUUGAGGUGUCAGAGGAGGGCGCACACGUCAUGUGGUACUUUGAGGAAAUAGAGCUCCACAAAGACAAGGACUCCAAGUAUCGCUUCAAGAAGGAUGGAAAGAAGCACACUCUCAUCAUCCAGGAGGCUACGCUGGAUGACAUUGGAAUGUACCAUGCUUGGACAAACGGGGGGCAUACUAAAGGAGAGCUGGAGGUGGAAGAAAAACAACUGGAGGUGCUGCAGGACAUUGCUGAUCUGACAGUCAGGGCAACAGACCAGGCUAUGUUCAAGUGCGAGGUGUCUGAUGACAAGGUCACAGGAAAGUGGUACAAAGACGGAGUGGAGGUCUUGCCAAGUGAGCGCAUCAAAAUGACUCACAUCGGAAGGUUUCAUCGGUUGAUUAUUGAUGAUGUGAAGCCAGAGGAUGCUGGAGACUACACAUUUGUCCCUGAUGGAUACGCCCUGUCACUUUCUGCCAAACUCAACUUCUUGGAAAUUAAGAUCGACUAUGUGCCCAGACAAGAUCCUCCAAAGAUCCACCUGGACACCACCGGAAACAUGGUUUCCCAAAACACCAUCAUUGUGGUGGCAGGAAACAAGCUCCGUCUGGAUGUGGAGAUUACAGGAGAGCCAGCGCCCACCUGUGUUUGGUCCAAAGGAGAUCAACCAAUUACAGACACAGAAGGGCGCGUUAGGGUGGAGGCCAGGAAGGACCUGAGCUGCUUCGUCAUAGAGGGGGCAGAAAGGGAGGAUGAGGGCAACUACACCAUCUGUGUUACCAACCCUGCUGGAGAGGACAAGGCUGUGCUAUUUGUGAAAAUUGUGGAUGUGCCUGACCCUCCUGAGAAUGUCAAAUGCACAUCAGUUGGAGAGGACUGCGCCACUAUCAUUUGGGACGCUCCCAAAUUCGAUGGCGGUGCACCCCUCAAAGGCUAUCUCAUGGAAAGGAAAAAGAAAGGCUCCUCCAGAUGGACAAAGCUCAACUUUGACGUAUAUGAAUCGACAACAUAUGAGGCUAAGAGGAUGAUUGAGGGUAUUCUGUAUGAGAUGAGGGUGUUUGCUAUCAACAGCAUCGGCAUGUCUCCACCAAGUCUCACUUCCAAACCCUUCAUGCCUAUUGCUCCAACCAGUGAGCCAACACGUCUGACAGUGCAUGAUGUCACGGACAGUACAUGCAGCCUGAAGUGGCUCGCCCCAGAGAAGAUUGGAGCCGGUGGCUUGGAUGGCUAUGUUAUUGAAUACUGCAAAGACGGAGACACUGAGUGGGUAGUAGCAAACCAGGAACUUUGUGAGAGGCAGGGAUUUGUGGUGCGUGGCCUCCCCGUGGGAGAGAAGAUCAACUUCAGGGUGGUGGCAGUAAACAUCGCUGGACGCAGUCCUCCAGCUACGAUGUCACAGCCCGUCACCAUUCGUGAGAUCAUGGAGCAUCCUAAGAUCCGCCUCCCUCGUGACCUGAGAACAAAGUACAUCCGGAAAGUAGGAGAAAAGAUCAACCUGACCAUCCCCUUCCAGGGUAAGCCGCGCCCUGUUGCAACCUGGUACAAGGAUGGUCAACCCCUUGACCCCAAGAUGGUCAACGUCCGUAACUCAAACGUAGACAGCAUCCUCUUUAUCCGUGCAGCAGAGAGAGAGCACUCUGGAACAUAUGAGCUGGUGCUACAGAUUGAGAACAUGGAGGACAGAGCCUCCAUUGUCAUUAGGAUUGUUGAUAAACCUGGACCUCCUUUGAACCUGAGGGUGACAGAUGUCUGGGGCUUCAAUGCAGCACUGGAGUGGGAUCCCCCCAAGGAUGAUGGCAACUGUGAGAUUAGUGGAUACACCAUCCAGAAGGCAGACAUGAAGACUAAGGAAUGGUUCACUGUUUAUGAGCACAACAGACGGACAAAUUGCACAGCUUCAGACCUGAUCAUGGGCAAUGAAUACAUGUUCCGCGUCUACAGUGAAAAUCUCUGCGGCCUGAGCGAGGAGCCACGCUUUAGCAAGAACACAGCCGUCAUUGCCAAGACAGGCCUGGAGCACAAACGAAACCCCUACAAGGAGAAAGACAUGUCCUGUGUGCCUAAGUUUACUCAGCCCCUGGUUGACAGAUCUGUAGUGGCCGGUUACAGCACCGCCCUCAGCUGCGCCGUCAAAGGCUUCCCCAAGCCUAAGAUUGUCUGGAUGAAGAACAAGAUGAUUAUCGGUGAUGACCCCAAGUUCUUGAUGCGGAACUACCAAGGAGUGCUGACCCUCAACAUUCGCAAGCCAGGAAGCUUCGAUGGGGGCAAAUACUCCUGCAUGGCCAUCAAUGAGCUGGGCCAGGACGAAGUGGAGUGUCAGCUGAAUAUCCGAACUGCCAUCGACCCGGACAAGAAGUGAGAAGUCGAACAGCAAAUAAUGUGAAAAAACAGUGAAUUAAAAGUGAAUAUCAGUAUGGAAAGCGCACACUGUCAAAAGUGAAUCUAAUAAAAUGUAGUCAUGCCUGCGAUAAACUA